ACAAGGCAGACAACAGUGGAGGCCAUGGCCAUAAAAUUUUGUUGCUUUUCUAAAGACCCACUAGUGGAUGCUGAUACUUGGAGUGAAUCAAUAGACAAACUAUUGACCUGCAAAGCUGGUCAGGCAGCUUUCCAGGAGUUUCUGAGGUCAGAGUACAGUGAGGAGAACAUCCUGUUCUGGCUGGCCUGCGAAGAAUACAAGACGAUCAAGAGCACUCCAGAGAUGAUCACCUCUGCAAACAGAAUAUAUACAGAGUUUGUGCAAGUGGAGGCCCCCAAACAGAUCAACAUUGACUGUACCACCAGAGCAAAUAUAACCAAGAACAUUUCCCAGCCCAACCUGAACUCAUUUGAUACAGCACAAAAGCUAAUAUAUUGUCUUAUGGCUAGAGACUGUUACCCAAGGUUCUUAAAAUCUGAUGCCUACCAAAGCAUUUUGAGAACCGGAGGCAAAGGCUGAACGUAACAACACAUGUGGAGUACAAAACCGAAUGUAAAUAGAUUAAUGUAA